AUGGCCAAUUUCAGCACAGUGAGCAAGUUUCUCCUGCAGGGCUUUGCUGAGGUGUGGGAGCUCAGGGUCCUGCUUUCCAUAUUGUUCCUACUGAUAUACCUGGCCACCCUAUUGGGGAAUUUUAUUAUCAUCACUGUCACCACCAUUGAUCAGAAUCUACACACACCCAUGUACUUCUUCCUCAGGAAUCUAUCCAUGGUGGAUAUGUGCUACAUUUCUGUCACUGUCCCCAAUGCCUGUAUCAACUCUUUCACAAACAACAGGACUAUUUCUGUAGGUGGCUGUGCAAUGCAGGUAUUUUUUGUAUUUUUUUGUGCAUCUGUGGAGCUGAUGUUUCUCACCAUCAUGGCCCAGGACCGCUAUGUGGCCAUCUGCCAGCCCCUCCACUACCCUGUCAUCAUAAAUCACCAAUUCUGUGUCCAGACUACAAUGGCGUCCCUAAUCAGCGGUACCAUCUUUGCAGCUGUACAAACUGGUAAUACAUUCCGGCUGUUCUUCUGCCAGUCCAACGUGGUCAAUCAGUUCUUCUGUGACAUCCCCUCUCUGCUAAGGCUCUCCUGCUCAGACACUUUAAGUAGCCAACUCUUACUUCUUUUUUCUGUCAUGGGAUUCGGCGGUGGCUGCUUUACCUUCAUUGUGCUGUCAUAUGUUCGCAUAUUUUUAACAGUGCUGAAGUUUCCAGUCAAAGAAGAGCGAGGAGGAAAGGCCUUUUCCACCUGUGUGCCUCACAUUCUCGUGGUGUCUGUUUUUCUUAGUACAGGUUCUGUGGUUUACCUAAGACCCUCACCAAGCACUGAAAUAAUUCAGAACAUGAUUCUAUCUGUAUUUUAUACCAUUAUUCCACCUUUUUUGAAUCCCAUCAUUUACAGUCUUAGGAACAAACAGAUAAAGCAAGCUAUGGGGAAAGUUAUAUUUAAAAAAUUUAUUCAGAAAGCAUUGAUACAUAGGUAG